UAUUUUAUGUAGGCCAUAAAAAUAGAAAUCAACAGACAUUGAUCUGUACCUUGAAGCGCGUGCUUUCCUACAAUGAAUGCCAACGAUGUUCUAGGCUACCAAGAUAACCAUUAUAAAGGCAGGUACAUUGGAAUUACGAAACGUUCACGUCUGUAGCAAGAACGUGGGUAGGCACCGGAAUAUCACAACUCAAAUUCGAAGGCUUUCCUGCCCAAAAUCGUCACAUUUCAUUCGUAGUUAAUUUUAUCGAAUUCACAGAGUUUCAUCCCAACUCUCUGCAUCCUCUACUUUUUUACUACAUCUCAACCUGAUUCUUUCCAAUCCAGCCUAAUAAAUUCAAGCUUCCGAAUACACCGUUUUCAUCAUGGCCAUAAUUGAAGGUAUUCCCGGAAUCAAGGUCACGGUCCGUAUCAAUAAUGUGGACUGCGCAGAGUACGAUGAUCCCAACCCUCCAGAGGAGGAACCCGAACGUCCGACAUCUACAAAAUAUGUCGAGUCGCACGACGAUACCGAGUUCACUGUCCAUGUUGCAGUGAACAAUGAGUACCAAUGGGGUCAUAGGAACCAUCUUCUCUUGGCUCGGUUGUACGUCGAUUCUGCGUUCAUCGGUAAUGCUCUGAUGAUGGAGAAAUAUCUCGACAUCAACAAAUGCUAUGAACGCACCAUCGAAGGUAGAAAGGCAGAAUCCAAUGAGGCUAGAUCUCUAGUUCUACAACGGCUCAAGUUUUCCACAGUGAAAACCGUCGACGACGCGACAAAAGAACGAGUCAAAAAGGACCAAAAGAUAUCUAACAAGCUAGGGCUUAUUGUAGUGGAAAUACGACGCGAAAUAAAGCUAGGGCGCUCUAAACAUAGACCCAACCGCAAUCUGCAAACGGUGACUCCAACAGCGACUUCCUUUGAACUGGCUGAAAAAUCCCUAAAGGGGAGAGCAAUCUCCCACGGCACCACUCUCUCCGCCCCGGAAUCGAUUCGGCGAUCUACCUAUUGUCACACGGAGCCGGUACCUGGAGACAGCGGUCCUAUCGCAAUUUUUCGAUUCCUGUACAGAUCGAAAGGUGCCCUACAGCAAGAGCUGGUGUUGCCAACCACCCCACCUCCUCCGGCUACUCUAGAUAGGAUCUCUGAGGCCGAACUCCAUCGACUAGCAAGGGAAAGACUCGAACAGAUCAAAGCAGAGAAGCGCAUCAAGGAAGAAGGACCCGCCAAGCGCGAGUUCGGCGAGGUUUUCGACCCGACGGAUGACGGCUCGGGAGCCCGAUCCUUCAAGGCCCCACGACGAGCUAUGGGAGUGAUAGACCUCACUAGUGAGGACUAAUUACGUACGAAGUAAGGGAUUAACGUAAAAGAAGUACCCGUGGAUUGUGUACACGACUCUGUUCUUGAGUCAUCAAGUCCUACCAGUCCGCCACCCUGAAUUAAAACCUUGGGUUUCAGCUUGAUACACAUCUCUUCACAUUCCAGCUGGUCGUUAAUUUGCGAUGAUUUGCGAUAUUGCGGAGAGUGGCCGGUUACUUCAUCUACUGAUGGCAGGCGCCCGUACUUUCUGCCUACAAAUCAAAGGCCAUGAAUUCGUGAAUGCCUUGUACCAAGGCUAUGGGGUCGAAUGGAAAAGGAGGAGUUGUUUGCGUUGACUUUUUUCUUUCGGGAGAAUGCUGCUUGCCUUAUAUAUGGUCAGGGAGAUCUGGAAUUAGUAACGAGGGAAAUAAGAAAAAUCAUUUGUAGUUUACGCAGACUAUAAACCACCAUACUUGCACCAGUACCUAGGUAAUUGAGAUGUGCUGUGCUUGCA